CUUUGGUAUGUAAUGUACUCUGUGUAUUUUAUUAAUUAUUUUGUAUUUUUCAGUUUUAUAUAAAAUGGUCAAAGCAUUAGAAAAACCCCUGAAUAGUGAAUUCUAAAAAAAUUCUUUCGUAAUGGAUGAAAAUAUUGAUAAUAACGUAGCAGUUUUGGCUAUAUUGGAUAAUCAAUUUUUAUUCCUUCGUAUAUUAGCAUCACCAUACAAACAGAACAUAAACAUCACAAACUAUAACCAUCUACAUCAAAUAAAUCAAGAAGAUAUAGAAACCAACGAGACUAGUAAACAAAAUAUUAUUUGGACAAAAAAUGCUACAUUAAUGUUAUUGAAUUUAUAUGAAACUAAACUCAAUCUGUUAGACAAUCCAAAAAAGAAAUCCAAAAUGUGGAUAUCGAUGGCAGAAGAACUCAAGCCCUUUCAUAUUGAGGUGACACCAGAUCAAGUCAGAUGGAAAAUCAAUGCACUUACAAAAAAGUAUAAAGACUGCAUUGACAGUGGACAAGGGUCCACAGCUUUCAAGUAUUUCAAUGAAAUGCACCAGAUUCUUGGAAGGUUUAGUGAAGACAGUGGAACCUACAGACUAGCCUCAGGUGUGAUACAGGGCCAGGAAACAGACAAAGAUCAUACAAUAAAUAGAAAAAUAGCCUUCAAAAGUUCCACACCUUUCAGAAAAUUGAGAGCAGAACGUAGGGCCAAAGUUGAAUUAGACAAGCAGUGGAUUGAGUACAUAAAAAGACAGGAAGAACAAAAGCAAAUAAGAGAUGAAAGGUAUGAAAGAAGUUUAAAGCUGAGAGAGGAAGAGUUGGACUUAAAGAAAAAAGAAUUGGAAAUAAAACAGUCAAUAGCUUUAAAAAAAUUACAGUUAAAAGAGAAAAGACAAGAAGAAAUUCUUAAAAUUGAAAGAGAAAAAUGUGCUUUGCUUAGACAGUUAUUAAAUGGUGGAUGAUAACAUAUUUCAAUUUGAUUUAGAAAAGAAGUCAGAUUCUGUGUUCUGUUAUAAAAACCCUAUCUAUAGAUUCAGAAUUACUAUUGUAAGAUCUAAAUUCAGCAAAAAGGGUUGGUUUCUGAUACCAUUAGGUUUAUGGAAAUUGGAUUGUGAAAUUAUUUUAUUUUAUUAAAAAAAUAUUUAUUAUUA